CUAUCUGCGGGAUAUCGAGUAUCUACUUGAUUCGGGUCUCUUCGUGGUCCUGCAGGAACAGACACCCUUGAGUACGCAGCUGCGUGUCCCAGGUUCUAGAGCCGCCACUAUCACGACCAUGCAGUUCUGGUCCUCCAUCGUGGUAUUCUACACGCUUCACGUCGUCACAGUGUACGCGGCAAAGUGCGAUAAUGGCACUGUCGAUGCCACAGUGCUCAUGCUCAUCGGAUCGACCGGCGUUGGGAAAUCCACCACCGCGAACCGGAUCUACGAACUCAAAUCAACUUGGUCAAUGGAGAAGAAAAGCCAUGUUUUUGCCGAAGGCGAUACGGCGAAGGCUUGUACGAACGAGACGCAGAUGGAAGUAUUCAAAACUGCACAAGGAUGUCUUCGCCUAAUCGAUACACCUGGCGUUCAAGCGACCGACAUGCCUGAAGGCGUAAUCAUGACAGACAUUGCCCAUACGAUGUUGAGUCUGCAAUACGGAGUGAACGCAUUCAUUUUCGUGAUGCGAGGAACCAACAAUAAGCUUGACAUUGGAUUACAGAAAGGGUUGGACCGCUACACCAAGGCACUCGGGAAGGAAUUCUGGAAGAAUGCGAUCGUUUUUUUCAAUCAAAAGGAGUCUUCAGGACUCGAUAGCGUGGCACACGGCCGCGAAUGCUCGAUCAGAGAUCGUUAAGUCGAUGGAAGUGCAGUACAACGUUAGCCUUGCCGGAAGGAUGAUCGAUGGCAACUCGUAUCCGGGCCAACCGAUGGGUUGGAGGGACGACAUCCAUCGAAUCGCCCGAACCCUACACGUC